AGCUCACGCAUUUUUUUUGGGCAAUUUGACAAGCGGCGUCACUGAGCGUGAAGCCGUGCAAUCCAGCAAGCGCAUCGCUGCUGCUUUUGCAACAAUGCCACGGACAGCGCGACGCCGACCACGCGUGAGCCUCCGCUGCUGCGUCUUCACGCUGUUAGCCUUGGCAGUGGGCGUCGUCCACCUAGCCGCACAGAUCGCCGCGCCGCCGAAGGUAGCCGCACCGCAAGCGGUCGCGAAGCCGGAGGAGUUACCGCCGCACGAACCCUUGGACCUGGACGAGGACGAGGACGAGCGCGAGGACUUCGAGGGCGACGCGGCGCGGUCGGCGCGCGUGCGCGUCGUCUUCAGCACGGACUGCACGCCCUACCAGGACUGGCAGAGCGAGGUCGUCUUCAACAGCGCCGACGUCGUCGGCCACCGCGGCCCGGUGACGCGCAUCGCGAGCGGCUGCUCGCCGGAGAAGGAGGCCGCGCUGCGGCAGCGCUACGCGGCCCUCUACGGCGCGCGCGCGCGCUUCUCGCUCCACGUCACGCCGGAGUUCGACAAGGACUCGGCGACGGGCAAGUCGUACCACUUCUACAACAAGCCGCGGGGCAUGGAGCACUUCCUCAACGACCGGUCGAUCGACUUCGAGCGCGCGCCGAUUAUUGCGCUGAUCGACCCGGACUUUGCGUUCCUGCGGCCCUUCUCGGACCGCGUCGCCGGGCCGGACGCGCUCGUCAUCGCGCCGUGGCGCGCCGACGAGCUGCCGGCCUUUGUGACCGAGGGGACGCCGGCGGGCCAGCAGUACGGCCUCGGCACGCACUGGCUCACCUUCGACCGGCGCAAGAUCUGCGGCGCGGGGUCGCCGUGCCUGGAGACGUCGCGGCGCGACGCGGAGAGGCACUACCCGAUCGGCCCGCCCUACGUGCUGCACCAUAAUGAUUUCAGAAAGCUGGCGCCGGUCUGGCGCGAGUUCGCGCCGCGGGUCUACGCGCAGUACCCCGACCUGCUCGCGGAAAUGUACGCGUACUGCAUGGCCGCGGCGCACCUGCGCAUGCCGCACGCGCGCGUCAACCACUGGAUGCUCUCGAACGUCCACGUCGGCGACGAGGGCUGGCGCCACCUCGACGCGUUGGCGCUGCGCGACGCGUGCCCCGCGCGCGGCGGCAAGACGCCCAACGUCGUCGACCACGCGACGAGGUUCGUGCUCCCGGCCUUCCUCCACUACUGCCAGAACUACCGCGUGGGCGACUUCAUCUUCGCAAAGCGCCGCGUGCCGCCGGCCCUCUUCACGGACUGCGCGCACCCGCCGCUGCUCGCGCCCGGUUUGAUUGAGACGCAGGUCGACUACGAGCUCCAUCCGCCGGGCAACCCCUGCCGCGAGGCGCCGCAGCGGAAGCCCCUGGGCCGGUCGAUCGUGAACCGGACGGCCGCCGCCGUCUGCCUCGCGACGUGGCACGUGAACGCGGCGGCGACGCGCGCGCGCAAGCGCUUCUGCGACGCGCGGCCGCCGGCGCCCGUGAAGCUCUUCACGCUGGCGACUACUUGCGCUCCCGGCAUGAGAGGCUUCCACAAUAACGCGAAGGGUGGGAGUUGAUCGACGUCGUCUCGCGGCGGCGUUCUCGGGGGAUGUUGUAAGUGUGCC